CCUUAGCUGUAUUCAUGAGACACUUACAUGGAAUAUUUCUACUGUUCUUCAGGCCCCUUAUUCAUGGGCGUUCCCCGACCUCAUUGCUAUAUAACCAGAGGCUCUGAGCUGCAGCUGUCAGGAUCCUAAUCCCUUCUGCAAGGACUCGAGGAAUUGCUGCCAGUGUGUACAGUAGCAAACUGCGUGCUCGCCUUUCGGGCACCAUCAGAGGUCUCAACAGCAAAACAAAAGUUGUGGAUGAUUCUUUUUAACCUUCCAGAAUUUCAGCUAACUCAUUUAGUUUUCAAGCAGUGAUCAGGAAAACAUCAAUAUAUGGUCAUCCAUUAGUUCAUCAAUUAAUGGAUCCAGAAGCUCAAAAAGGAGACAGAGAAGACAAUGAUGACAAGAAAGUGGUUGCAGAGAUCAUGGCAAGGUGUUUUUUUCCCGCUCUAGUAACAACUAUCCCCUGGGAAGGAUUUCAUUUUGUUGGUCAUGAGAUUCGAAUUACUGAAGCCAUGGAUUGUUAUGGUGCUGUUGUUUGGCCAUCGGCCCUUGUUCUAUGCUAUUUUCUGGAGACAAAUGUAAAGCAGUAUAAUAUGGUUGACAAAAAUGUGAUUGAAAUUGGAGCUGGAACAGGGCUUAUUUCCAUUGUGGCAAGUUUACUAGGUGCACAUGUGACUGCCACAGAUUUACCUGAAUUACUUGGAAACCUGCAAUAUAAUAUAUCCCGAAACACCAAAAUGAAAUGUAAGCAUUUGCCUCAGGUUAAAGAACUCUCCUGGGGCAUAGCUUUAGACAAGAACUUCCCCAGGUCUUCCAACAAUUUUGAUUAUAUCCUGGCGGCUGAUGUUGUCUAUGCUCAUCCUUUCCUGGAAGAACUCCUCAUUACCUUUGACCAUCUGUGCAAAGAAGCUACCAUCAUCCUCUGGGUCAUGAAAUUUAGGUUAGAGAAAGAAAAUAAAUUUGUAGAUAGAUUUAAGGAGUUGUUUGACCUAGAGGAGAUUUCUAGUUUCCCUAGCUUGAAUAUUAAGCUGUAUAAAGCUAUGAAGAAAAAUCGAAGGAGUGCAUGA